AAUUGACAAAAAUGAGUGAAGAUAAUCCAACUGACAACAUAUAAUGGCUGCACCCUUCUCUGUCUCCCUUCCUCUCUCUCUCUCUCUCUCUCUCACAGUGGAGAUAGUUGAAACUUGAAGAAAUAGUGAAUAUUUGAACUUGGUCAGCUUUAUCUACAUAUCUUUUCUUCUAGAUUUAGGUAUCAAGAAUACACAAAUUAUCGACAUAAACACCAGUUUUUGUUGCAAACAGAAAAAAGAUUAUUAUUUUUGCUUUCUUUCUUGCACCAAGAAUUCGUGCAAGAUUUCACAUGAAAAGGUUGAAGAAUGAGCAGUCUAGUCUAGUUAAGAAUGUCUUGAUCACAAAAAACUAGCAAUUAUAAUGCAUAUACAACCAUCUUCUCCACAGCCCAUGAAAAGGGAAAAUGAUUUCAUUUGUGAAGAUAAAAUAAAAAUGUGCAGCUUUAUGGAAGCAAAUCUGUAUGGGCCCUUAAUCCAGAAGGAGACAUAUAUCAUGAAUGGAAUCCAAGAAGAAAAAAAAAGAUCAUAAAAAUGAAAUCUUGAACUUAGCUAGCUCGUUUCUCUCUCUUCCACCGUUGUUCAUCAAUAGUACUUGACCAACGUGUGCCAUCAUUUGAUCACUCAUAUCAUGAGUGGCCAUAAAAGCAAUACUGUGCGAGAUUGAUUGUGACGGCAGCAUCGACGGCCAAGAAGCUCAUUACUGUGAUUUACUGCUAAUAAUCAUUCUCCCUUCUUCAAAGAAAUACUAUACUGCAAGAUUUAUCGAGUAUUUAUGUGCUCGUACAAAGAAUUGAAUAUACACAGCUUUAUUAUUUUAUCACCCUUCUGAAAAAUAGUCCAUUUUCCCAAAUAAAGUUUUCCCGUUUGCCCCCUCCCUCUCUCUCACACACACACGCACACUCACACACAGUAGUCAGAUGCACUGAGCUUCCCUUCAUGAACUCCCAGUUGUGAUUCAGAUUCAUUCUCAAUUCCAAGAAUAUGGUUGUGGGAGAAGAACAAGCCUAUGUUAGGGCAUUGAAUAUUUUCUUGUCGUAUACAGCUCAUCUUUGAGGGUAGAAUGGAUUCAAGUGCACACAACUCUGGUUCGUCAGAAUUGGAGUUGGAUUUAGAGAGGGAGUAUGACAUCAAUCUGAAUCUUCCCGGUUCAAGUCCACCGCCAUUGCAGAGCUUCGUUGCAGCAGGUUCUGAGAGCAAUGCUGCAUACUUCUCGUGGCCGGCUUGCAGGAUAAGCGAUGCAGCAGAGGAUAGAGCACAUUAUUUUGGCAAUCUUCAAAAGGGGGUUUUGAGUGAAAUCCAUGGGCGUCGCCCAACAGGAUUGCAGGCCACUACCUUGCUGGAACUGAUGACUAUUAGAGCGUUUCACAGCAAGCUUCUGAGGCGCUUUAGUCUGGGUACAGCCAUUGGCCUUCGUAUCAGGAGGGGCUCUUUAACUGAUAUACCAGCCAUACUUGUCUUUGUUGGUAGAAAAGUUCAUAGGCAAUGGCUCAACCCUGCUCAAUGCCUACCUACAGCUCUUGAGGGACCUGGAGGUGUUUGGUGUGAAGUUGAUGUUGUGGAAUUCUCCUACUACGGAGCGCCUGCAGCUACCCCGACAGAGCAGUUCUACACAGAGCUAGUAGAUAGAUUUGGUGGGAGUGAUCCAUGCAUUGGAUCUGGUUCUCAGGUUGCUAGCCAAGAAAAUUAUGGAACAUUAGGUGCCAUUGUUAGAAGCAGGACAGGAAAUAGGCAGGUUGGUUUCCUCACAAAUAGGCAUGUAGCUGUGGAUCUUGAUUUCCCAAGUCAAAAGAUGUUUCAUCCAUUGCCACCAAGCCUUGGGCCAGGUGUCUAUCUAGGCGCAGUCGAAAGAGCUACUUCCUUCAUCAGUGAUGAUCGUUGGUAUGGCACUUUUGCAGGAACAAAUCCAGAGACAUUUGUACGCGCAGAUGGGGCCUUCAUCCCUUUUGCGGAAGACUUGAACAUGAGGAAUGUGACAACACUAGUGAGAGGCAUAGGUGAGAUUGGUGAAGUGAACAAAAUCGACUUACAGUGUCGUGUGGAGAGCCUUGUUGGGAGGCAAGUAAUGAAAGUUGGGAGGAGUUCUGGUUUGACAAGUGGGACUAUAGUGGCGUAUUCUCUAGAGUACAAUGAUGAGAAGGGCAUGUGUUUCUUCACUGAUUUUCUUGUUGUUGGAGAGGAUCAGCACACCUUUGAUCUUGAAGGUGACAGUGGCAGCCUCAUACUACUAACUGGCACCAAUGGCGACAAGCCACGCCCCGUUGGGAUCAUCUGGGGCGGGACAGCUAACCGGGGUCGGUUGAAGUUGAAGCCAGGCCACCCUCCGGAGAAUUGGACUAGCGGAGUUGAUUUAGGGCGUCUCCUUGAUCUCCUCGAACUUGAUCUCAUAACUUGUGCACAAGGCCUUCAAGCUGCGCUGCAAGAGCAGAGGAGUGCAUCCGGUGCACGAGACUCCACUUCUUGGCCGAUAGAGUGGGCCACAACCAAGGACAAGUCGGAAGAGAACUAUGAUGUUCAUGCUUUAAGCAUUCCUCAAGCUUCUAGUGAUGAUGAUUCUCAUACGCCCUUGUUCAGGAAUGAUGAGUUUCACAUCGAGAGUCGUCUUGAGGCCGCUCCGGUGGUGGAGCAUCAGUUCAUCACCAGGCUUUCGGGGGAAUCUCCGGCAAACCAAAGUGAGAUGAGAGAUGAGAGUGCACAAGAAAUUUCUGUUUCUUUGCAGUUGGGUGAAACAGAAUGUAAGAAAAGAAAGCUAUCUGAUUCGCCUAACUCAAACUAGAAGCAUGUUUUUUAUUACUUGAGCUAUCACCUCCCUACCUAUUCUUUCAUCCAUAUAGUAAUUGUGAAUGUUGUAACUAUAAGCCUUUUUAUUUGUGUGAGAGAGAAACAUAACCUCAUUUUAUGCUUUCUUUGGAUGUAAUAAUAAGGGGAGACCAAAGCCGAAUCGAAUCGAAUUUGCCAAUUUGGGGCCACUUCGGGUUUGAUUCGAAUUUUGUACAUGGAAACUCAAAUGUAAAUUCCGACUCAUUUCGGUUCUAUAGCCCAAGAAUUUGGGUGAAA